AUGUCCGCCGCCGUGGCGACGACCAGCCCAACGCCAAACACCACCACCACCUCCUCACCACCCCCCGCAGACCGGUCGGGCCCCUCCCUCGCCCUGGCAGACCUGCUCGCCCACCGCGCAGACCUCGUGCCCCCUCCGCCGGCCGCGGCGCCCCGGCGCGCCACCGCCCUCGUCCCCGGCGCCGGCCGCGCGCACGACGCGCGCCUGCUUGCCGGCACGUUUGGCUACGACGUGUGGGUGCUGGAUCACCGGCAGCCGCGGCGGGGCGGCGGCGGCAGUGGUGGUGCGGGCGCUGUUGGCGAGGAGCAGUGGCAGGAGGAGGGGGGGGAGGGGGGCGGUUGCGUUACGUGGUUGGCGGCGGACUUUUUUGAUGAGGAUUGGUCGCGGGCCUUGGGGUCUGACGGCUCGGGUCGGUUUGACCUCGUCUUUGACUAUGAGUUCCUCAGCGCCCUCCCCCCCGACGCCCGCCCGCGCUGGGCCAAGCGCGUGUCCCAGCUGCUCGAGCCGCGCGGCCGCCUCGUCUGCCUCGAGUACCCGUCCAGCACCAGCAGCGACAACAAGCCAUCCGGGCCGUGGGCAGUCAGCCCCGAGGCGUACGAGGCGCUGCUGUCGGCGCCCGGCGAGGCACCGUCGUACGCCCCCGACGGCGCUGUCGUAAGCACCGCCUGCUCGCGCCCGCGCGUCGACGCCCUGCACCGCCUGAGCAUCAUCAAGCCGACGCGAACGCACGCCGUCGGCACGGCCGAGGACGGCUCCGUGCUCGACUUCAUUUCGGUCUGGGCAAGAUGA